GAACAAACUUAAAACUUUUCUUCCCUUUUCUUUUUUGCUGAAUUUUUUUUCUGAUUAAUCUUUGUUGUUUCUGCUCCUAGUUAUACUAGAAGAGCUUGUUGAAUUUUAGGGGAUACACCUAAUAAUAUUCAUCACGGUGUGGGCAAAAUAUCUUUAAGAACAGUGUCCUUGACACGCCUAAAUCAUAUUCUGCAUACUUCAAUAUUUUUACAACAAGGAAUGUCCAUGAAAGUUUAAUAAUCAAUUAUCAGUUGGAGAACUACUAUAAUAUAGCAGGAAUACCACCAGCCAAAGCAGCAUGCAGCCACAAAAGGAGCAAAUGGAGAUAAAUGAGGACAUUGUCAUAGUAGGUGCUGGAAUUGCUGGACUUGCCACUUCUUUGGCACUUCACAGGCUGGGGUUGCGGAGCUUAGUGUUGGAAUCAUCAGACUCUUUGCGAACAUCAGGAUUUGCCCUUGCUUUAUGGACCAACGCCUGGAGGGCACUGGACGCUCUUGGCGUUGGAGAUACUCUUAGACAACAUUCUCUCCAGUUUAGCCGGUUCGAAGCAUUUUCAACAGAUUCAGGCAUGCCUACUGCAGAGAUUUCCCUCGAGGCAAAUAACAAACCUAGAGAUUACGACAGCCGUUGUAUGAAAAGACAGGAGAUAGUGGAGACUUUAGAGAAAGAACUUCCCCCAGGAACUAUAAAGUAUUCUUCCCUCGUUGUUUCCAUCCAAGACUCUGGACUAUUCAAGUUGCUACAUUUGGCUGACACAACUGUUCUUCGAACCAAGGUGUUAAUAGGAUGUGACGGUGUGAACUCGGUGGUGGCUAAGUGGAUGGGCCUCCCGAAACUAGUCGAUGCAAAUCGUUCAGCUAUUCGGGGAUAUGUUGAGUAUUCAGAAGGUCAUGAGUUUGAGCCUAAGUUUUGUGCUUAUUUUGGAAGAGGAGUUCGCAUUGGUUUCCUUCCCUGUGAUGACAAGAGCUUGUACUGGUUUUGCACUUUUACUCCAUCUGCCCUCAACUAUGAUGAAUCGAUAGAAGGAAGUCCAGUCAAAAUGAAGCAAUUUGUGCUAAGUAUGGCCAGCAACGUGUCAAAAGAAGUAUACAAUAUCCUGCAGAGAACCUCACUAGAUAGCUUAUAUUGUGCCAAACUAAAAUUAAGAUCGCCAUUGAAUAUUUUAAUGAUAUACAAUAUUGUCAAAAGAAACACUUGUCUAGUUGGUGAUGCACUUCACCCAAUGACACCUGAUAUUGGUCAAGGUGGAUGUUCAGCAUUAGAAGAUGGUGUGGUUCUUGCUAGGUGCAUUGCUGAAACUUUUUCAAAAAAAUUACCAACAGGAAUGGAGAAAUUAGAAGAUGAUGAUUUUUACAAUAGAAUUAAAGUUGGUUUGGAGAAGUAUGCAAAAGAAAGAAGAUGGAGGAUUUUUAACCUUAUUAGCACUUCAUAUUUGGUUGGUUUGGCACAAGAAAGUAAUGGGAAAGUGAUUAGCUACUUGAGAGAGAAAUUCUUGGCUCAAUUUACAAUUGAGACUAUGCUGAGAAUGGGUGAUUUUGAUUGUGGGAAACUAUUGACCUACUCUGGUUGAAGUGAAGAUGUAAACUUCGUUUAUUGCUAUUAUGAUCAAUGAGUAAAAGCACCUAGAAAAGAACAGUUAGAAAACGUUGUUGUAAGAACUAGCUUGUAUGGAAGCUAAGGUUGCAAAUGUGUCACUCUAUCAUAUGUAAGGAGUUUAUUUUUCAACUGUGCUAUUAACGAGUACUUCCCUCCUCCCAAUUUAUGUGGUUUCA